GGUAUUGUUUAUCUAUGACACAUGAAGAUGAAGUUUUGGUAAAUAAACGGAGCAAUCGGCAACCCAAAAUUAAUUUUAGAUUUAUUUUUAUUUGAAACAUUAGUACUUAAGACUCAGUACUUAGUACAUCAAUUCAUAACGUAUUCAACCAUGGAAACGGAAAAAGUUGCAGACGUAAUAUUCGUAAUUGAAGGGACAGCAGUCAACGGAGCUUACAUCAAUGACCUUAAAAUAAAUUACAUCGUUCCAGCGCUUGAAUAUUUCUCACAAAGUUUGCUUGAUGACAGGGAAUAUCUUAUUUCUGAUAAAAACUCUGCUCUUUAUGGAAUUGUUGUCUAUAAAACUGCACAAUGCAUGCCAGACAAAUCAGUUGAAACGUUUGGUCCCAUUACUAGUCCAUUGAAGGUUCUUGAAACCAUUGAAAGACUUGAUCUUACAGAAGGACAGAGUGAAUCGAAUGCCAAUCUUUCCGAAGGAAUCGCGGCGGCUCGUAUAUGUUUUGAUGAUAUGAAAAUUAUUCGAGGCGAUAACAACUUGAACGUCCAAAGACAUUGUAUAUUAAUAUGUAAUAGUCCACCUUAUUCGUUGCCAGUACAAGAUUGCUAUCCAUAUGAAAAUAAGUCCAUCGAACAAUUGGCAACAAUGUUUGUUGAGAAGAAGAUACACUUAUCGAUUGUAGCACCAAGGAAAAUUCCCAUUUUGUUCAAACUGUAUUCCAAAGCUGAUAAUGAUAUUCCACUAACAUCCAAGAACUAUUGCAGGGACAUAAGACAUUUAAUCCUACUCAAAGGGUUUCAUCUCAAAGAAAGACCUAUUAGUCCGAACAUUAACAACUCUGUUAAUGCCCAGAGUCCCAUGAAUGGCAUGCAGAACCCAAUGCUUGUUGACAAUCAGCAGCAAAUUCAAGUACAGCAGCCCACGCUUGUCAGUCAGCCUUUUGUUAACACUCCAUCAGCCCCAAUGCAGCUGCAGUAUAAUCAAAAUAAUGUUCAAGUUAAUCGUUGGCUCUUUCCAUCUCAGCAGCAGAGGCCUUCUUUCUUGCCUGGAUCUAAUAGUGGGAUAAAUGUAUCUCACAAUCCAAACUCUGCAUUGAUAUCUCAGCUUUCUACUCCUCCUAAUCCAGCCGUUAGUACAAUGAUGCAACAUCAGCAGGCUCUGCGAAUGCAAAUGAUAAAUCAACAGCAGACGCAGCAGCAAUCCCAAAUUGCACCAUCAUCUCAGCAGCAACAACCUCAACAAAAUCUUCAACAACCCAACAAUGAGGGUGUAGGAAUCCGAGACCGAGAAAAAAUCUGGUCAGGUUUACUGGAAUGGAUCGAAAAGACAAAGCCUGAUCAGACCAAAAUAACACGCCAAGUUCCUUGCCAUGUAACUACAAACAUUAAAGACGGAGAACCGGAAAUUAGGGCUGAAAAUUGGCCUCCUAAACUUCUGAUGCAGCUGAUGCCAAAACAUCUUGUUGGCAACAUUGGCGGUCAAUAUCUUAAGGAUUCCAAAAUGGUUGUUUUCCGUCCGAAUCCUUGUGAGGCUCUAGAAACUCUUUCGAAAGUCAUGACUGGUGGCUUCGCUGGAUGUGUUCACUUCUCUACGCCUUCCUCAAUGCCUUCGUGCGAAAUAAAGGUGCUCAUUCUACUUUAUACAGCUGAGAAGAAUGCGUUUUUAGGUUUUAUACCCAACAAUCAAACAAUGUUCGUCGAUAGGCUGCGCAAAGUUAUCCAGCAAAAACAAAAUAUGGGCCAACAUGGACCUCCAGCAGGCAUACAACAACAGCAACAACCGACUCAUCAAACCCAGCAGCAACAACCUCAUAUCUCUAAUAUAACCGGGAACAGUAUUCAAGCUCCAAAUACGUUGCAACAGCAAACUGUUCAACAGCAGCAACUUCAAGUGAAUCAACAAAAAUCUUUGGAAGUACAGCAAAUGCAAGAUCAACAUACUCAGCAUUAUAAUCAAUAUGCCCAAUUAUCUGUUCAACAAAUGCAAGAAGGUUUGGGAGGUGGACAACAGCAGCAGCAUAAUAUGGGAAUGGUCCAGCAACAACAACCACGAAUGUCUGUUAGUAUGAGUGUUCCACCUCAAGUUUCGCAUGGUAUGCAACAACAGAGAAUGGUGCGACCCAUGAUCAGUAAUAAUCCAGGAUUAAGGCAUCUUUUGCAGCAGCAAUCUACUCCUGUGAAUCAUUUUAGACCGCAGCUGACGGCAAUAAAUAGUCCAAAUAUUAGUACCGCACCACAUAUACAAAAUAGGGGAGGCCAAUUUGAUGAUCAAGGAUUUGAUUUUAUGUAAAAAGUAUUCGCGUUUAAUAUCAAUAUAGAAAGAUUGGUUUCAUAUAUCGUCGCCUUUCAAUGAAAACUCCCUAAGUCCAUUUCGACUUCGCUUACAUUUUCUUAGUGAACCAAUAUUUAUAUUAUAUUUUCCAAUUGUAACUAAACAACUAUUUUACUACAAUUUUAAGGAACACGCACCAAAAACCAUUUUUUUUAUUUUUAAUAUUGGAUAACGGAUUCUGAUUUGCGAUUUCUGCAAAACGAAAAAUGGACAUAAGGAGUUUUCAUUGAGCGACGACGAUAUAGUUUCUUUUAAUUUCUUAUAUCAUUAUUUACAUUCUAUUUAACUCAACAAUAAAAUUAAUUUUUGUUAAA